AUGAUCCAUUGCUAUAAAUUUGAUUUUCAACAAAGUGUAGAAAAGCACGUGCAGGAAGUACCGAUUGCUAGCGGAUUUGAAAUUCUUCAGAAUAAAGCAAGUCUUCGUGUAGUUACUUUUAACAAAAAUAUGACCAAGCCAGUGGUUCCAGCCCAGGAGUCAUUUGGCCUCUUCCCUGCUGCUGCACCGCAGGAAACACAGCCACAAAGCGAAAGUGAAUCAGCGCAAGAGCAGUUUAUCAACCAGUUGGAAUCGAAUUUGUUUCCCGAGCAAGAAGCUCGCCGAAGAGCCCACGAUGCACUGGUUGAGAAUAUGAUGCCACUUUUUCGUCCAUUCCGAACAUUGAUUGAAUAUGACGACAAAUAUAAAGGCCGAUUCAUCAACACCGAUUUGGGAAGGUUGUACCUGGCUUGCCAGAAAUGCCCUGCUCGAGGACGUUGA